UUUUUCACACGCACACUUUCGCACACUUUCACCUCAGCUCCCUCUCCCGGCCAAACUAUAUCUUAACGGCCGUGUCACUAGUAUAAAUACCCACUCAUCCACCCCGGUUUACUCUCAAUCUCCAUCCAUCUUCCACCUCGCUCUCCCUUCAGAUCACUUCAACUCUUUAUCAUACACUUUCAGCGUAAACUACGCUUGCUCAAGAGUCCAUAUUUCAUCCGUCAUCAAUUACGAUGCCACCCAAAGCCCAGAAGAAAGAGGAGACUGGCGACAGUGACAAGGGAUUCAGAUGGACUGCUGAGAAUGACCGAAAGCUUCUAAUCCUCACGCUUGGUUACACAGGCUCCAUCAGUGCCGAAGACAUCGACAAAUUCGUGACCGCUAUGCCAGGCACAACUUUUAACGGCGUCCGCAUCCGCUACAAUAAACUCCGCGUCGAGCAACGCAACAUGCACACCAAAGCGGGGAUCUCGGUACCGGCUUGCAGUGGGAUGGGAAAGGCUGCUGCUCCCGCAAUUAGCGCUAGCGAGAAGAAGACAGUUGGCGAAAAGAAGCCUGCAGCGGAGAAAAAGACAGCUGCAGCUGGCAAGGGACGGAAGCGCGCUGCAAAAGAUAUGACUGACAGCAACGGCGAGGGUCAAAGCGACGAAGGAGUUCCCGGCAAGAAGAUGAAGACCGGGAAGCCAAAAAAAGACUUAGGCGGCAUCAAGGAGGAAGAAGAGGAGCAGGUCGACAUCUAA